AUGAGCCGAAAUUGAUUGAUGUUUGAAACUCGACUGGUCUGUACGCAGUGCUCGAUGAAUUCGGAGACAGCUAGGUUCCUUGCCUGCAAAGACGCCUCCAGCAUAGAUACAUCCCGAAUGAAACCGCUACCUCUGACGCAUUGAGUUUGGCAUUGAUUGAUGUAGCAUCGACGGAACGCAAUCGCUAUCCAGUCCGACUCACGCCCCUCAGAAUGUCGGGUAGUCAAGAUGCCGAUGAGUCGCGGCGGCGAUAUGGCACACCGUUCUCCAAUGCACGACCAAUUCCCACCAUCCAAAAGUAUCGUGCUGAACAGCAAGCCCGAGAAGCUAGCGCUGCUCAGCAAAGCUUCCACCCAAGCACAGCCGACCACGACACACCAGAUGCUGAUACAAAACCGUCGGCCACCCGCACUGUGGCCGCCGAGACACAAGCGAAUCAAGACGUUGCCGAUCAUGGUGAGGCUAACAACGAUAGCGGAGGUGAUCUAAAGGAUGCAGUCGACACCUCAGAGGGUACCUUGGGCCCGCAGGAUCCUAAGAAGAAAAGAAAACAGGUCGCAAAACGCAAUGAGGGCGCAGAGCGUGAAGUCACCGACCCCGUCACACAUCUUCCGGUCAAGAUUUCCGACUUUACCCAGCAUGCACUCCAGGAGAUUGAAGAAAACCCUCCAUCGUUUGGAUCGACUCUGAGGACUGCAACCGGACUAAGUAACAAACAAAAGUCGCUCGGGCAGCUGCGGGACGAGACCCGCGAGAUGCAAGAUGGCCUUGACUCUAUGAACAUGCUAUUCCCGCCGCCACACUACGAAGAACUCCGCAUUCAGAUCAUCGAUGUUCUCAAGAGAGUAGUCACAGUGGGUCUGCUGGGAUGCACGCUCAUCAUCACGCUAGCUUUGACAGCGGAGCGAUUUGUCCCAGACCUAGCAAAAUCGACUCCUUUGUUCGGGUUGAGCAUGUGGUUGGUCCUUGGUACCGGCAGUUGUGUUGCAAUACUUUUCUUGAUAAGUACAUUGCGGGCUUGGAUGGCCAAUCGCGUGCGAGACAUCUGGGCCUCGCAGAUCUGGGAGGCGAAUCGUCAAAGCACAAUCAGAGAUGCCAAAGCACGGGAGACGGAGUCAGUGGCCUGGCUGAACUCGCUCGUCAGCUCUGUCUGGCCACUGAUCAACCCGGACUUAUUCACGAGUGUAGCUGAUAUGCUUGAGGAUGUUAUGCAGGCAUCAUUACCAGGCAUUGUUCAAAUGGUCGGCGUGGAAGACAUUGGCCAAGGCAGCGAAGCGCUUCGCAUUCUAGGCAUUCGCUGGCUGCCCAGUGGAGCAGCAGCGCGAUCUGUUGGCCCAGAUGGCAAUCUCAAUUCCGAGGAUGAGAAGGUUGGUAGCAAGAACCAAGACUCACCGCCUACGAAGAGCCACGAAUCGACCAAGUCUGAGAGCUCUAGAGUUCCCGUCGAAGAGGAGCCAGCCGAUGGAGGUCCCUCAGAAGCUCAGGUAUCAGGUGGCAUGGAAGCAGAGGAAGGCGAUUUCAUCAAUCUCGAAGUGUCUUUUGCCUAUCACGCUCGACCUCCCACAUCGCUGCAAGACCGCUCCAAGGAUGUGCACAUGGUACUCGCAUUUUAUCUCCCCGGCAACUUGAAGAUUCCCAUAUGGGUCGAUGUCCGGGGCGUCGUCGGUCUUGCUCGCUUGCGACUUCAGCUCACGCCAGAUCCGCCAUUCUUUGCACUUUGCACUCUGACAUGUCUAGGCCAGCCGAAAGUUGACAUCAGCUGCAUUCCCUUGAUAAAGUAUGGACCAAACAUCAUGGCUCUGCCGCUCAUCAAGAACUUUGUGCAGAGCUCCAUAGAUGCGGCCAUGUCUGAAUAUGUGGCUCCCAAAUCGCUUACUCUGGACCUCAAAGACAUGCUGGCUGGCGAUGACUUCAAGAAGGAUACGACUGCAAGAGGUGUAUUGGUAGUCGAUAUUAAAUCCGGACACGACUUCCGAUGUGGUGAUAUUGCGAUACCGUUGAUUCGCAAAGCUGGCGCAGACCCGUACGUAUCUGUAGGAUAUGCAAAGUUUGGCAAGCCGCUAUGGUCUACACGAGUCUUGAGCAAGGAGAUGAAUCCAGUGUGGCACGAAAGAUGCUAUCUCUUGGUCACGCCGGCAGAGCUUGAUGUUGAUGAGCGAUUACGGGUACAAUUAUGGGACUCGGACCGUUUCACCGCAGAUGACGACUUGGGCCGAAUUGAAGUCGACCUCAAGAACAUAAUGAGGUCAGAUGAAAGUAACGGCAAAAUGUGUGAUCGUGUAGAUGGUUUCCGAGCGCUCAAGGCAGGCGAAGAGAUGCCAGGCAAGCUCAAAUGGAGUGUUGGAUACUUUUCCAAAACAAGGCUCCAGCAAUGUCAAUACGAAGCACAAGACUUUGAUUCCGAGAUCAGAUCCAAGCAGCAGCUGGAAGAAAAGGUGGAACACAUUUCCAAAAGAAAACUACGGGAAGCGCAGAUCAAGAAAGGUCGACAUGCCAAGACAGACGAAGAACUGCAGCAAAUGAGAGCACAGGAGUUGAAGAACUUUCAGGACGCGAUGACGAUCUCCGCGCCGCCGCCUGAUGGCUUCCCUUCUGGUAUUCUUGGGAUCCAAAUUCACCAAAUCACUGGUCUUGAGUUGUCAAACAUCAGCAAGUCUCACGUGAACACGACGGCAGCGGAUCGAGAGGAGACAGAAGACGGUGACGACUUACCCUCCGCGUACUGUAAUAUCAUCAUCAACCACAACAAGGUCUACAAGACCCGCUCCAAGCCCAAGAAUGCUCGCCCGUUCUUCAAUGCCGGCACUGAGAGAUUCAUCGCCGACUGGCGGACGGCCGAGUUGUUCGUUGCCGUGCGCGACCAAAGAGUCGGAGAGGACGAUCCUCUAUUGGGAAUCGUUCAUCUUCCAUUGGAAACCGUCUUUGCGAAACGUUCCCAGAUCAACGAGUACUACCCGUUGGUCGGCGGCGUGGGUUAUGGCCGUGUGCGAAUAUCUUUGAUCUGGCGGAGCGUCCAGCUCCAAGAGCCGGAGAGCCUUCUGGGAUGGGACUAUGGCACGCUCGAAAUCCAGCCGGGUAUCUCGACCACAGGAAUUCCAGAACGUCUAAGAGACAUGGAUGUCAAAUUAUACACCAAUCUGUCCAGCGGCAAGAUGCGUCCUGGUGAAGGGUCGUCGAUCUGGAAGACACGGAAAGGCAAUAGUCUCAAACUUGCCGUGCGCCAACGUUACAGCAGUUGUCUUGCAAUACGGAUCAAGCAUAAGACACUAGGCAAAGACGGUACUCACGCGUUCGCCAUACUUUGGCUAAACGCCAUCCGGGAUGAUGAGGAGGAAGAGAUCACCCUGCCAAUGUGGACCGGCGAUUUCGCGCGUGCGAAAGCAUGUAGCCUGGAUGACUGCGGCGAGAAGAUCGGCAGCAUCAAACUCAACGUCAAAUUCUGGAGCGGUAUGGGGAGUGCACACGGCUCUUGGGCACACAAAGAUCCUAACUUGCGCAAUGUUCUCGAAGUUCUGAAUGUGGCACAAGAUCAUCUUGAUGAUCAGAAAGCAGAACGAGAAGCAGGCAUAGUCGGUGGCGAACCACAAUCGAGUUCGGAUGAGGAUGACUCCGAUACCUCCGAGUCGGACCGCGGCGAGGAUGACGAGAACGACAGUGGCGAGAAACCCGACGGCUCUCAAAGUUAUACUAUUAUCGAUCAGAUGCGGGACUACAAGAAGGAUGCCAAACAGAAGCAGCGUCAACAUCGAGGAGUGAUGCAAUACAAGGUACGCCCGUCCUGUUCUUAGCCCCGAUCGGAGAAGGAGGUCUUUUGACAAAAUGCUAACAUUCUCGUAGGCUCCUCGGACCGCUCAAUGGGCGCUGCGCAAGGCUGAGCGUGUCGAGGCUAAGAUCGGAUCGAUCUUC